AUGACCACCGAGAGCGGGCAGCAGCGGCUGGAGCCCCCCGUCCCUCUCCACUCCUGCAGCCCGGCUCCCGGAGCUCUCCAGAUGAGCCGGCCGCCCUCCUCCGCCCUGGAGACCUCCACCUCCUCUUCCUCCACCUCCACCUCCUCCUCCUCCUCCUCCUCGGCGGCGGCGGCGUCCUCCAAGAGCAAGAAGGCCAGCUCAGGGCUGCGGCGGCCCGAAAAGCCCCCCUACUCCUACAUCGCCCUCAUCGUCAUGGCCAUCCAGAGCUCACCCUCCAAGCGCCUGACUCUCAGCGAGAUCUACCAGUUCCUACAGGCCCGCUUCCCCUUCUUCCGAGGCUCCUACCAGGGCUGGAAGAAUUCCGUGCGCCACAACCUCUCCCUCAACGAGUGCUUCAUCAAGCUGCCCAAGGGCCUGGGCCGCCCGGGCAAGGGCCACUACUGGACCAUCGACCCGGCCAGCGAGUUCAUGUUUGAGGAGGGCUCCUUCCGACGGCGGCCUCGCGGCUUCAGGAGGAAAUGCCAGGCGCUGAAGCCCAUGUACCGCAUGAUGAACGGGCUGGGCUUCGGCGCCUCCAUCCUCCCACAGGGCUUCGACUUCCAGGCGCCCCCCGCCUCCCUCGCCUGCCACUCCAACGGCUACAACCUCGACAUGAUGCCCAACGCCAUGGCCAGUGGCUACGAGGGACUCAGUGGCGGCCACCACGUCCCGCACAUGUCUCCCAACCCCGGCUCGACCUACAUGGCCAGCUGCCCGGUGACUGCCAACGGGGACUACGGCCCUGACAGCAGCAGCAGCCCCGUGCCCUCCUCGCCGGCCAUGGCGAGCGCCAUCGAGUGCCACUCUCCCUACACGAGCCCUUCGGCUCACUGGACAGCCUCGGGGGCCUCGCCCUACAUAAAGCAGCAGGGCCUCCCCGCCGCCAACGCCGCUUCCUCCGGCAUCCACUCCAGCGUGCCCUCCUACUCCCUGGAGCAGGGAUACCUGCACCAGAGCCCCCGCGACGACCUCUCAGUGGGACUGCCUCGCUACCAGCAUCAUCCCUCCCCAGUGUGUGACAGGAAAGAUUUUGUCCUCAAUUUUAAUGGCAUUUCUUCUUUUCACCCAUCCGCUAGUGGAUCUUAUUACCACCAUCAUCACCAUCAAAGCGUCUGUCAAGACAUCAAGCCCUGCGUGAUGUGAAGGCAGCGCUCCAACAGAGACAGUCAGAUGGUGUUGAACAGAGCCGAGAUAUAGACGGACCACCGAAGAUUAAAUAUAUUGUGCACUCUGAUAGCAUUGAUAGUACACGAGUCACUUAGCAAAAUUACCAAAGGAAGCAGUGUUUUCGGUCCCACUCCAUCCCUUGCAGGACACGUGCAGCCGAUAUAAUGCUCCAAAGCUCUUACUAAAAGAAAAAUGCCUUGUGUGAUAUUUUGCCUUAGGGGAGACGUAAGUAUCCUUAUGCCGCCUGAAUCAUAUAUCGCCUUUCUGUGAUCUAAAGUAUCGAGCAUUGGGAAAGGGAACAAUUAAUUAUAUUUUUAUACCUGAAAGUGUAUUUGAAUAGGAAAAAUAAAUCUCUCGGCUCAACACCUGCGAGGACUCCCCCUUCCGUUACUGCGUUAGCAGGAAAUUUGCUUCUUUAUUUUGUUUUCUCCCCGAGCCCCACCAAGGACACUUUGUAUGGACUUCAGCACCGACCAGUUGAUAUUAUUAAAACAGUGUUGUUUAGCCAUUUCGUGUAUAGACUUUAAGAAAAGUUCAAUUUUUUCCAGUAUU